UUAACCUUAUUUUUUUGAGUAAUUAUUUUAUUUAAAAAAAAAAAAAAAAAAAAAUUCUUUAAACAAAAUGCACACGCUUGCAAUAUUUUUAAAGUGGGCUCGUGGACUGAAUGGGCGACAUGACAGAAUUGCUCAAGUAACAUUUCGAGGAAAACCUUAUUUAACUGAUGUUUAUGAAUUCUGCUAUGAUGCUGAAUGGGAAAAGGAAUUCGACUGGCCAAUAGAUGAUGAACUCAAACUAGACGAUUUCGUUCUCAUAGAAAUUUUUAACCGUAACAGACCUUUUCCUCGCAGAAAAGUGGGAAUGUUUCAAGUAUUUCUUAAAAAUUUGCUAAACAAACCAUGGUUAGAAAUUACAGAUAAUCUUGUAGAUUUAAAUAAUACUGUAUUAAACGCCGUAAUUUCAUUUGAGUUGAUGUACGUCAGAGAGAUACCACGGAUAACAAAGUUUAACUUUUUUCAUCAGCCUGAAGAAAAAGUUAGUCUGUUUGAAGAUUCCGAACACGUAGACAAAAAUAUAUCUGAAAAAUCAGAUUUUGAACUUAAUAUGGGCAUGAAAAGAAAACAAUCUGUAAAAGAUAUUAAUGAUAACGAGGAAACUGACAAAUUAAAACCACACUAUAACUCGCAUCCUAAAGUCCGAAUUGAAACUAGACAUCAACGAAAAGAUGUUCAUGUAAAAGUUACUGUAAACGUUAUUGAAGCAAAGCAUCUUUCGGGAACAAAAUCAGAUGUGACAUGCAGUGUAGUUUGCUUUGGGGAAACAAAAUCAACAGAAUCUAAAAGUCAAACAAAUAAUCCAUAUUGGGAUGAGCUUUUCCACUUUGAAACUGUGAACCAAAUGGAUCUUGUGUUUGAUGAAAUUUUACACUUUAAGGUUUAUUCGAAUAAUGGCAGUUUUUCUUUGACACAAACAGUUUUAGGUUCAUUUAAGAUUGAUUUGGGAACAGUAUAUUCUCAACAUAACCACAGAUUUAUCAGAAAAUUUGCAUGUUUGACACACCCUGAUGAAGCGGUUAGUGCUAUUACAACUGGAAUCAAGGGUUAUCUAAAGUUGAAUAUAACGGUUUUAUUAGAUAGGGAAACAGCAAAGGAGCUUCCAAGUAUAUCGGAUAACGAUAAUGACAUUGAUGCCAACCCGUUAAUACCAGAAGGCUGGAAAGUAGAGCGAAAAUUAUCCAGUUUAUGUGUCAGAGUUUUUAAAGCUGAGCACAUUCCUUCAAUGAGCAGUGGAGUCAUGUCUAAUUUGACAAAACAGUUUACUGGCGAACUAAAUAUGCGUGAUUUAGUUGAUCCUUUUGUACAGGUAUCAUUUGCAGGCCUCGAGGCUAGAACAAGUGUUCAACAUAAUUGCUAUAAUCCAAAAUGGAAUGAAGAAAUAGUUUUUUAUGAAUUGUUUCCUUCACUAUGUCGUAGAAUAAAAAUUCAAUUGAAGGACAAAGAUAUUUUAAGAGAAGAAGUUAUUGGAACACUAUGGAUUGAUUUAUCAGACAUUUCUAAUAAUGAUUUUUUGCCAACAUUUGGUCCAUCUUGGCUUAACCUCUAUGGUUCUUCUCGAGACUACCAUUUUAUUAAACAAAAUGCUUUUUAUAACCAAGGCUUGGAGGAAGGGAUUGAUUACAGAGGGCGCAUUUUGCUUUCCAUUCAUUUGGAAGAAAGUGAAUUAACAAAAGAAACAAAGAAUGUAUAUGUUCGGCCUUUCCAUAAUAAUUCACAUGCUGUUGGAGGGAUUAAAAAAGAAUUUCAGUUGUUUUGUUGUAUUUAUGAAGCAUGCAUGAUUGAUGGAAAGACUGCUAGCAAACCAAUUCAGUUUGAAAUAAACAUUGGUAACUAUGGUAAUAGAGCUGACGAAAGUAUAUUAUCAUUCAUUAACCAACAGCAGGUUAAAAGCGAUAAAUUAAAUUUACCUUUAACUACAGCAAUGACAGCUGAGAGCUUGGAUGAAGAAUAUUAUAACAUGCCAUAUUAUGAGCAUAAACCAUGUUUGCAUAUACAAUUUACUUUAGAAGAUCAUAUAAGACGACUUUAUUUGCAAAACAUUUUACAUAGAUUUAUCAUAAACCUGGAAGAUGCUUUGAAAGAAACUCAAGAUCGAUUUCAAAUUAAUGCUAGUGAUAGAUGGGAGUAUCUUAGAGAUGCUUUGGAUGAAAUAGUUGGAAAUUGCAUAAAACUUUCAACUCAGUUACAAAAGGAACAAAAAGAUACUAAAGCAGCAAGCAAAAGACUUAAAGUUACACAGUUAGAUGAAGAAAGGUUAUGCAUGUGCAUUUCAUAUACGAGUUGGGUAAUUGAUGAAGCAAAUGAGAUAAGAGAUAGUUUGAUAGAUAACGAACAUAUAGGCUCAAAAUACCGCACUGUUAAAUCUUUUAUUUCCCAGUACAAAAAACUCAUGAAUGAGCCUCAACAAGCGUUUCCAGACAUCAUCAUUUGGUUACUUUCUGGCAGCAAACAAAUUUGUUACACUCGAAUUCCAGCACAUAAAUUGGUGUAUUCCCCAGUUGAAUAUAAAAGUGGCAUAGAUUCUGGCGAAGUCCAAACUUAUAUGAUGUAUCUUCCAUCCACCAGUAGUCAUCGAAUAAAAGACUCAGCUAUAAAGUGCAAGUUGACAUGUCUACUAUGGUUAGGAACUUCUGAUUUAAAACAUAAUAUCUUGUUGCAUGCUCCAAAAGGUUACACACAUCUAAAUCUUACCUACCCUCUUCCAUCUGAGCUUCAUUACUCAAUUGUUCAAAACUUCACACUACGAGCACAUAUAUAUCAAGCAAGAGAGUUGAUUGGAAUGGAUGAUACUGGUGUUUCAGAUGCAUUUAGUCGUGUAAUGUUAAACAAUCAUGCUGGUGACACUAAUAUUAUACAACAAACAAGAUGCCCAACAUGGAAUCAGACUAUUUUAUUUCAAAAUCUUAAGUUUUAUGGAGAUAUUGAAUUUGUUUUAAGUAAUCCACCAAUCAUAAUUGUUGAGCUUUUUGAUUAUGAUUCAGAGGUUAAAAUCAAAUUUAUUGGGCGUACUUUUUGUCGACCUAUUGUUAAGCGAGCAUCAGAUCCUUAUGAAAAACCUUUCUUCCCACCAAAACUUGAAUGGUUUCCUAUUCACAGAGGAAAUAAUUCUGCUGGUGAAUUGCUUGCAGCUUUUGAGCUUUUACAGACAACAAUGAAUAAUAAAGAAAAUCUUCCACCAGAACUAAUUGAAGCAAAAGAUGGAGGCUACUUUACCAUACCAAUGAAUAUUACACCAGUUAUGACUAAAUAUUGGAUUGAGUAUUUAUUUUGGGGUGUGAGAGAAAUCAAAACAAAUAGUCUUGGAAGAUUUGAAAACUUACAAGUUUGCAUUCAAUGUUCUGGAAACAAUGUAGAGUCUGAUUUAAUUUCUGCUCAUAUAAAUCUAAACUUUUCAAAAAAAUCAUAUGGACGUUUUUGCCUGGAGCUUCCAGAAGAAGAAGUAUAUUGUCCUCCGCUUACAAUAUUAGUUAAUAAGGUUAUAAAAUUGUACAAAGUUAAGAAAAUAUUUGGUUCAACCGUUAUCAAAUCUCUACUGAAUUUUAUUCAAGAUAGUUCAGCAUUUUCAGAAUAUGAGGAAAAUGAAGUAGGAAUUAACCCAGAUGUUGAAAAAAUUGAUGAGGUAUCAAACAAAAAAUCUCCAAAAAAUAAAGUUGGAUCUAUUAAGAAAAAUAGUAGUGUUAGAGAUAAAAAGUCAGUAAUUGAAAAUUCAUUCUUAGAAUCAGCUCUUACAUUUUCUAAAAAAACUUUGGGUGACACUAAAAGUUACACAAGGUUGGAAAAUCCAAAGUUUUUUACUAAUUAUGCAAAUAGAAACUCUUUAUCGAAAGAGGUUAGUUUUAAAAACCAAUCAAGUCAAAUAAGUUUUCACAUUGUACCAAAAUCAAAUUUUUCAGAUAGAAUAUCUUCAAAAACCUACAUGAUGAACCAAAUUAAUUUACCUCAUACACCCAAAUUUGAUUAUAUUGGCAAUAAAAAUGAAGAUUUUCAGAAUUCAAAUAUCACACCUUUUAAUCAAUUAAUCAACAGAUCAACCAUUCCUGUUGAAAUUUUAGUUGAUUAUUCAUCGGAUGUUACUGAUCUGACAGAAAAACAAAAAUCGGAAGCAAACAUCAAAUUAGAAGAGUACAGCAAAGUAAAUGAGUAUGAAGAAAACUUAAAAUUUCAAGAAGACGAUAAAGAAAAAGUAAAUGAUGGAAUUAAAGUUGAUGAACAAAUGACUGAUAAACAAUUGUUGUCUGUAAACAACAUAGAAAAAAAGGUGAAGGAAAUUUUAGCAGCAGAUGUCAAAAGUAAAGAUGAAAAUAAAGAUAUGAAAAUAGAAGAAAUUGAAAAAAGAACAUUCAGUAAAGAAAUCAUUAUACCUCUUCCUUAUCCCAAGAUUGAAGUUUCUACAGGAAAAGAAAAUAAAGAUCUAGAAGAAGCCAUUUUAGUUGAAGAAGAUCAAAUUGAUUGGUGGUCACGAUUUUAUGAAUCUUUAAAAUAUAUCCAGCGUAUACAAGCAAAAGUUAUAGAAACAAUGAAAAACUCAAAAACAAAAAAUAAUGAGGUCAUUCUAGAAAUGGAACAUGAAAAAGAAUUUUUAGGCUCAGAUAUGAUGAAAAUGGGUAACCCUAAAAUUGUUCGACUUAAGAUAUAUGACACAGAACUUGAGAAAAUUAAGGAUUUUGAUCAGUUCUGUGAUGUAUUUCAGUCUUGGAAUUUAUAUACAGGGAAAAGUGAUGGAAAUGAUGAUGAUGAUGAACGUAGAAUUUGCGGAAAGUUCAAGGGAGUCAUAAAAGUUUGGAAAGACCCCCUACCACCAUAUGUUAAAAACAAUGUAAAAACAGGAUCGUUUAGACACCUCCCUAGAAGAGAUCGAUUUAAUGUUCUUUGUAGAGUAUACAUAGUUCAGGCUAUGGGCUUAAGAGCAAUGGAUAUCAGUGGAAAGUCAGAUCCUUAUAUAAGGAUUCAAGUUGGAAACAAGAUAAUUUCAGACCGUGAAAAGUAUAUUCCUAAAGAACUUAACCCAAUAUUUGGAAGAGUGUUUGACUGUGAAGUAACUUUUCCUCAAGAUAAUAUGCUAAUCGUCUCUGUUUUUGAUUACGAUGUUGCCAGUUUUGGGGAUGAUUUGAUUGGUGAAACCAAAAUUGAUAUUGAAAAUAGAUUCUUUUCUAGACAUCGUGCUACCUGUGGAAUAUCAUUGCAGUAUCAUAUGAAUGGAAUGAACAAGUGGCGUGAUCCAAUAAAACCAACUGCAAUUUUACAACAUUUGUGUGAAACAUUGAAUUUACCUGGGCCUGAGUAUACUCCAGGGAAAUGUAAGGUUGGAAACCUGGUUGCUUGUGGUCAUGAGCAAAUAAUAGAUGACAAUGGGAAGUAUAGACAGUCAAAUGAGCCAAGUGCUUUGUGUGCCCUUCAUAAUUUUUCAGCGAUUGAUAAAACAAAAUGUUUUUCUCUUGUUCCUGAGCAUGUUGAAACAAGAUCAUUGUAUAAUCCAGAAAAACCAGGAGAAACACAGGGAAAAGUGAUGUUGUGGGUUGAUUUAUUUAGUAUGGAUGGUCCAUCACCAGGGCCAGCUAUUGACAUAGCUCCAAGAGUACCUAUUGCUUAUGAACUUCGCUGCAUUAUUUGGAAUACUGAAGAUGUGGAGCGCACUGAGUUUAAUAUUUUAUUUGGCCAAUAUACUGCAGAUAUUUAUGUGAAAGGUUGGAUUGAAGGUUUGCAGAAGAGUAGUCAAUCAACAGAUGUCCACUAUGCUAGUUUGACAGGAGAAGGAAAUUUUAACUGGAGAUUUAUUUUUCCAUUUAAGUUCUAUAAAGCUGAAGAAAAAAUUGCUAUUAUUAAAAAGGCUUCUUUGUUUUCAUGGGUUGAUUGUGAAGAAAAAGUUUUACCCAGAUUAAUUUUACAGUGUUGGGAUUCAGAUAUUGUGUUCAAAGACGAUCAUAUUGGUGAUCUCACAUUAAACCUUACUAGCAUACCUCGCCCAUCCAAAACAUCAAUGUUGUGUGAUGCAAAAAUAAUGGAAAAUGAAGACACAAAAUCAAUUUUUCGGAAAAAAAAAAUGAAAGGUUGGUGGCCAUUCAUUUCGAAUGAAGAAUACGAAUCAAAAAUUGUCGGCAAAGUUGAAGUUCAGUUAGAAUUACUAAACGAGGAUGAAGCUUUGGCUGAACCUGCAGGAUUAGGGCGCAAUGAACCAAACUCUCUACCUUUACCAAAUCGACCUGAUGUAACAACCCAAUGGUUAAAGACUCCUCUAAAAGCUAUAAAGUAUUUUUUCUGUGGGCAGUACAAGAUUUUCAUUGGGAAAAUUGUCAUCAUUACUGUUAUAUUAGUAAUUAUGGCGCUUUUUUUAUAUGCCAUCCCAGAUGCCGUAGUUGGUAAAUUGUUUAGCAAAUAUGGAAACAAAUAAUAAUUAAUGCAAGAAUGAUUUUAACACCAGCAAAAAUACUGGAAAAUAAUAAUGGCAUACUGGAAACUAAAUACUACAUGUUAUAAUCUUAAAGAACUUUAAAAUUCAACUGUAAAUUCAACUUCAUUUUUUUGAUUCUCUCAAAGGCUUGGUUAAACUACCAGUAGUGGCAUGAGUUGGUGGCCGUUUAUUAAAAUUGGUAAGGUAGUUGGAAAAGUUGAAAUGGAAUUAACUUUGUUGACGGAACAAGAGUCAACGGAUGAUCCUGCUGGCUUAGGAAGAGAAGAACCAAGUGGACUUU